GUUCGUCGCGUCGCACGCAAGACGACGCAGAAUACAAAACACCACCCCCCCGUCGUCGUCGUCGUCCUUGAGGGAGGUCAGCCCAUAAGUCGCUCGAGUCGCGACCCUCCCUUAUUAUAUAUUGUAUAAUCAAUUCCUUUGUACUAUUAGGUUUCUCAUCGGAAGAACGAAAGCCCCUUUUCUAUGAAAUAGAACUAACGGGGAAGAUAUAUAUAUACACCGCGCUGUCCUCGAGUUUCGUCUUCUGGGUACCUUAAAAGUUUUCUGCUUUCUGUCGCUUCUUCUUCUCUCGCUCCAUGACACAGACACAACGAGUCUUCCAAGCCUGGAAAGGAAGCAAUAAGUUCAUCCUUGGUGGGAGAUUAAUCUUCGGCCCGGAUGCUAGAUCAGUCCCUGUCACCGUCCUCCUCAUCAUAGUCCCUGUUAUUUUAUUCUGCGUGUUUGUAGCAAGGCAUCUUCGCCACGAGUUCUCUCCCUACAAUGCUGGAUACGCUAUCUUGGUCGUUGCAAUUCUCUUCACUAUUUAUGUAUUGAUCCUCCUCUCCUUCACAUCUGCACGAGACCCUGGCAUUGUCCCACGAAACUUACAUCCACCAGAGGAAGAUCUACGCUACGAGACAACACUAUCAGCAGACGGAAGACAAACGCCAAGCGUUCAGAUUCCUCGGACGAAAGAAGUCAUCGUUAACGGCGUUUCCGUUAGAGUCAAGUACUGCGACACGUGCAUGCUUUACAGGCCUCCUCGUUGCUCCCACUGCUCCAUCUGCAACAACUGCGUCGAGCGCUUUGAUCAUCAUUGCCCCUGGGUGGGCCAAUGCAUUGGACUGAGAAACUAUAGGUACUUCUUCAUGUUUGUCUCCUCGGCGACACUUCUCUGCAUCUACGUGUUCUCCAUCUCGGCGUUAUACAUCAAGAUUCUGAUGGAACAUCAACGCGGAACCGUGUGGAUGGCAAUGAAAGAAUCUCCUUGGUCGGUUGCGCUGAUGAUAUAUUGCUUUAUUGGCUUCUGGUUUGUUGGAGGGCUCACGGGGUUUCACUUGUACCUCAUAAGCACAAACCAGACAACCUAUGAGAACUUCCGGUACAGAGCAAACAGCAGAACCGUUGCUUAUAACCGCGGCUGUGCUAACAAUUUCAUGGAGGUGUUUUGCACCAAGGUUAAGCCCUCGAGGAACAACUUUAGAGCCUUCGUGGAAGAAGAGCCUCCAAGAGUUGUUACAACAACCACCAGAGAGUCAGAGGAUGAAGCCGGAACCCGGAGACAGAAAGUGGAGGAUGAUCUAGACAUUGGGGACGAUCUUAUGAAUAUAUCACAGCGGUGUAAUCCAGCAGAGCAACCUCGUCAUGGUUUGGAUAUUGACCAAUCGAUGCUUGGGGUUGCUGAGAGAGCGGGAACGAUAAGGACGGAGACGAGGCAUGGAAGCUGGGGGAGUAGAAGAAGUGGGAGCUGGGAUAUAGAAGCAGAUGUGAGUAGUUCUAAUGUCAGGGAGAGUCGGAGCUAAGUAACAGAAGAGGGAGGAGAAGGGGGAGGAUGUGUUUAUUACUUUUGUUUUUUUUUUAAUUGGUACCAAACAUUUGGAGGAGGUCUCUUUUUAGGACAGAAGUCGGAAGGAUCUGAUUUGGUUUUGGGGGAUUUGCCAGUCAGUUCAUGUAAUCUUUGAGUAUAGUCCCCUUUUCUGAUCUUCUUUUCGUUUCCUUAAUUGUGUAUUGUGUGAUAUUCUGUUGUUGAUAUUAUGUGGAAUUCCAUUCUGUAUUUGCGUUGAUAAUA